AUGUGGGAUUUCUCGAAUGAUGGUUGCUAUAUUGUGAAGUCAGCCUAUAUGCUAGGCAAAUCUUGCAAUCUUGAUUUGUUUCACAAAGCAUGGGUGGAGAUUUGGAAGCUAGAGGUUACCACGAAAGUCCGUCACUUUCUGUGGCGAGUCUGUACGGGAACCCUCCCAGUGAGAGCCUACCUCAUGUAUAGGCACAUGACGGAUGUUGCAGACUGCCAUGUUGAAUCAUGGAGCAAGUUGGAUGCAAAGAAGGUGAAUAGUGGUGCGAUUUUAAUGUGGAAUCUAUGGAAUCGGAGAAACGAGAUGAUCUUCAAUGGCAAGGAAGUUUAUCAUCCCGUCUUUGUUGAUCGUACUCUCCGUCUUGCGGCUGAUUGCAACACUUACAUGAAGAAGAUAUACGGAGGGGUCAAAAGGAAUUCAUGCCCCAGCCCCAAAGUAUGGAAAGCUCCACCAAAAGGUACUGUCAAGCUCAAUCGUGAUGCUUCUUUGUGUGAUGACGGAUGGGUAGGAAUGGGAGUGAUUGCUAGAGACUGGAAGGGGGACGCCCUAUUUGCUGCUGCCAAAAGAGUGAGAGCUCAUUGGCCUCCAAUUAUUGCGGAAGGGAAAGCGAUUGCCUUGGCUAUGAAACUAGCAAAACACUACGGCUUGUCAGAAAUUAUAAUUGAAUCGGAUAGCCAAGUUCUCAUCAAUCGCUUAAACAAAGCAUCGAUCUUCUUCACUGACCUUGAUGCAAUUCUGGAUAAGAUUAUAUCUUCUUGUUUUUCUUUUAACUCUGUUGUUUGGUGUCAUGUUAAACAGGAUGGUAAUGUUGCGGCUCAUAAUUUAGCCCGUUUAACGCCUUUUGGGGUAGAAUAG